AUGAUAAAAGCCUUAAGGAUAUUUUUAUUAAUGCUUUUCAUAACAGCUGCUGGAUUUCUGUAUAAGGUCACAUACAAAGGAAGCAAUGUUCCCUACUUUUCCUACAUCUUUAUACAAAGCAUUGAACAUGAAACUGCAAAUAAAACUGUAUCUGUAAACCAGAUAGAUGGUGGCACGACUGUGGGGACAUUUGAAGAAGAGGUACAUGCUAAUAAAGUCACAUCAGAAGACAUCCUGAGUACUGGAAAUAGCAUCAUAUUUCUGGAGACCAGUGAAAGGCUACAACUCCCAUCCUUGGUGUUAUGUGCAAUCGAGUCGGCAGCUCGAGUCUACCCUAACAGAUCGGUGGUUCUUUUUAUGAAGGGGUUAAACCAUACAGAUUCGGAAGAUCAGGAGGAAAAAGCUCUCGGUCAUUACCCAACCCUUGUAUCUCUGGACAAUGUUCACAUCUUUCCUCUUAUAAUGGAAACAUUUUUCAACAAUACUCCUCUUUUCAACUGGUAUAAGAAG